AUGGUUUCUACAGAUUCUACGAAAACAUUAUCAACUUUAUAUGAAGUUCUUGCACUGGCUUCAAUGUACAUCAUAUUAUGUUGAUCUGCAUAUGCUUUGGCUUCUUCGUGGGACACUUCUCUUUGGCUUUCUAAGUCAAUUUUAUUUCCAACCAGUGUAAUCACAAUAUUAUGGUUUCCAUCAAUUUUUACUUCUGUAAGCCAUUUAUCAAUGUGAAUGAAGCUUUCUCUCUUAGAAAUAUCGAAGAGAAGUAGCGCUCCAAUAGCUCCUCUGUAA